GAUAAACAUCUCCAGCACAAUCACUGCCAGGGGCGGACUGACCAUUUGGAAACUCGGGCACUGCCUGAGGGCCCUGGGUCAGUAGGGGGCCCCACGAGAUGCCCCUGGUACCUUUUUCAUAGGCAUUUUUGAGUUUGGGCAAGGACACAGGGGCUCCAUGAUCCCCUAAUGCCCGGGGGCCCCAUGAGUUGUCAGUCUGCCCCUGAUCACUGCACACUACUAAACUCAUUUUUUACCUGCCCUGAGCUAUAUGCAGCUAGACCCCCACUCCCUCCACGU